GGUAACAAUGUGUUCGUAUGUACUUAUGGUAUCGGUCAGGUUCGAGCAUGGAUCAAUGAAUGUGUUUGGGUAGGUUUUAAUAAGUGGUUACAAAUGAAUAAUGAGAGGGAAAGGUGUGUUCGUAGAUCCGAAAUGAAAGUGAUCGUAACAUCUGGUCUUGUACAGACUUACGAAGCACGUUCAACGAGCUCCCACUGCCUGCCCUCCUCCCCCCAUUUCCCUUCACCUGAACCCUACUCAACGGCAUCUACAUUGGAGCCACACGAUUUCUUCAUCUCUUUAGAGUUAAACUCGGAAUUCACCGGUACUUUGCAGGUCCUGGGCAAGGUCUUCGAGCAUGCAUUUAGGGUGCUUUGCCUGAUCUCCUCUGGACAUUCAAUUGGUAUGCUCAUUGUCAAUUCAGCAAUCUCCUCGUGGCGUCAUCAAAUACGGGUUUCUAGUUGUGACAUGACCAUAGCAUUGGCGAGAAUCAAUGUCUUAUGCAGCUACCCCAAUAUUUACGGGAUCGUCGAUGUACGAUAUAUUUGCUUAGUUGCUAGCAUCGAUGAGCAGGAGCAGGUUCAGUCUCCGUUCAGAAUCACUGUGUCGGACCAGUGAUUGCUCAGUGAACAAGGCAAUAAGUAGUUUGACUCGUCCGAUGAUUUCAUCUCCAUGGUAUGAAGAUCUGGAAGAAUUAGAUAAACCAGAAGGCUUCGCGGGUAAAGUCGAAGUUGCGGAGAUAGGUCAAUUCAGGAGAUAAAUCAGCGAAUGGGGUGAAGGAAUGCACCAGAAUGGACAAAGGGGUUACGUUUUCAUAAUAUUCUCAUAAGUUGAUGCCGAUCCUAUACAUCAAACA